AGCGGCUGCUAUUAGCCAAUCCCAGCACAGGAGGCGGGAUUUUGAGAUCUUAGCUGGUUUAGCCUCGUGUGUGUGUUCUUUACAGGAAUAUGAAUGUUUUGUGAGUAAUAUUGGAUCAUGUUGGCACUAAACGGUCAUCACUGGAUUCAGAAAUGUUUGUUAUCCCGACAUGCCGGUGCCCUGGCGGCAACGAUGAGUAAAAGGAAGCCGGAGAGACCAGAUGGAGAUCAGAACACGUCCUUGAGGAGACCAUGUCCAUCUCCGAGUCUCGGAGUAACAAAGUUUCACACCUGUGUGUGUCAGGGUGGGGAUCUGCUGAAGAAGAUGUUCACAAAUAAGAGGAAGAAAAAGUGGUAUGAAACUCCUCAGUCUAUACUCACAGAUCAGUCUGGAUUCAUGAAACCUGCCAAGAAAAGAAGCAUGGAGGACAGUUUACGAGUGCGAACCCUGAACACUGUCCUUUAUAAGUCCAUCUCAGACCUGCUGUCCUCUCAUGAGGUCAAUGCACAGCUCCCCAGUCACAACGUGGAGAUCACUAAAGUUUCAUUGCUAGCAGAUUACUCUGUUUGUCGAAUCUACUGGAAGACAAGUUUGUCCUCUGAUAGAGAUGGUCAGAUUCAGCAGGUUUUGGAUAAAUGUGCCCCGCGGAUAAGAUACCUCCUCAUUUCACAGCAGAUCUUGGGCAGCGUUCCUCCGUUAGUUUUUGUAAAAGAUAAACAGUUUGCGGCUCUGAAAGAGGUGGAAAAUCUUCUGAAGAUCGCUGAUUAUGGCUCAGGCGAUGACUCGGAGAAGCUUGUCCUUAACGAGAAGGAUGACGAGUCGAGCGUGCACACAGCAGAGAGGAAGAGAGUCGUGUUUGGUGUGGAUCACGAUGCCCUCUAUAAACAGGUCCAGGACUAUAAACAGCGGUUGAGAGACUCUAGCUCACAGGUCAGCGGCUCUAGCUCACAGGUCAGCGGCUCAGCCUCUCUAACUCAAGAGCAGCUCGAGAUGUUAGCAGAGAUCAGGAAGCAGAAGCUGAUCGAGAAAAAGAAGCGCAAAGCCAAGAAGAUGAAAGAUGAUGACAUCACGCCCAAAGAGUUCCUGCUCAUGAGGCAACUUCAGAAAGAAGCGGAGGAGCAGGAGUAUGAGACCGAGCGUGACUCCGAGAGCAGUCAGGACUCAGAGCGGACAUGAAGCAGUGUAACAGAGUUUUGUCUUUGUUGUUGAAAUACAAGUUGAUACAAACAA